CGGUCAGCAUGGCGCACCUGCGGCUCCUGCGAGCGGCGGUGACGGAGCGGCUAGCGGCGGCCGCGGAGGAGAUCCUCGCGCUGGUGGAGAGGGUGAUGGUGGAGCGCGAGGACGAGUUCAUCCGCCUGUACACGCCGGCGCGCGCGAGGGAGAGUCCGGCCCGCGGGGACACGCACACAGGUCCGGCCCAAAACACUCACCACCUCGAUGGUGGCAGCCACCCCCAGUCUGAGCCUCCCAUCAUCAAGGAGGAGGUGGAGGAGGAGGUGUGGAUCAUUCCUCAGGCAGUGGCAGAGGAGGAGGAUAUUAAAGAGUUUAAGCACAAGCUGUCUGAGGAGGACGAGGAGGAGGAGGAGAUGGAGAUGAAGGAAGAUGAAGCCCAGACGAGCACUUCCUGUGAGAGGCCCUAUGCACCGCCUCCUCUGCAGCAGCAGCAGGGUCCUCCUGAUGGAGGCGGAGACGCCGACAGAAGCAACCCUUUCUGUAGCUGUAAAGUUUGCGGGAUAAAGUUCAGCUACCGUGGCUCUCUGCUGAACCACGCUGAGACUCACGCCGCCACCGAGUGCUGCAUCUGCGGCGUGUGCGGCGAGCUGCAGGCCGACCGACAGAAGCUGCUGGAGCACCUGCAGACGCACGUCAAGAGCCACGUCUGCAAGUUCUGCGGCAAAAGCUUCCAGCGGCGUGUGGAGCUGAAGGUGCAUACGCGCAGCCACACGGGCGAGAAGCCGUUCGGCUGCAGGCUGUGCGGGAAGCGCUUCACCCGCAAGAACAACAUGGAGAUCCACAUGAGGACGCACACGGGUGAGAAGCCAUACCGCUGUGGCGUCUGUGGGAAGGGCUUCAACAUCACCUCAUCCAUGAUCCGCCACGCCAGGACGCACACUGGGGAGAAACCGUACAGCUGCAACAUCUGCUUCAAGAACUUCACGGCCAGUUCGGACAUGAAGAUCCACAUGAGGACGCACACGGGCGAGAAGCCCUACACCUGCCCUGUGUGUGGGAGGGGCUUCGCCCUCAGCACGCCGCUCAAAUACCACAUGAAGCACCACACGGAGGAGCGGCCAUACUGCUGCAGCCACUGCAACCGCUGCUUCAGCGACGUGUACACACUGCGGCGGCACACGAAGAACCACGAGAGUGAGGACUGCGGGCACAAAUAAAACGUCCAGUUUUUGCUGUGAGGGGCGGGGUUAUUUUUAUCAAACUGUAAUCUGGGUUAAUGAAUGAGAUUAUGCAGCUGCUUUAGGUGCAGUACUGAGUGCUUUUAACCAGUCUUGAAGGGGCGACCGCUGCUCGCUGCCAGAUAUCAGACGGGACAGCGAGACUCAGUUUCUGAGUCGGUCGGCGUGGAGCUACCCAACGCCUCGAUGUAACUCCAUGAAAAGUGGAACGAGGUCAGAGAACCUGGGAGAUGAAGGCAGAGGAACCAGUGACGGGCUCACUGCGACUGUACUAGAGUACGGUCCUGGAUUUUUCCUGCUUCCACAGCUGCUCCUACAGUCAUUCCUUUAUUCCCUCUGGAUCAGUGAUUCCCAUAUUGAGAGCUGUGGCUCUCUGAGGGGCCCUGAGGGGUCAUUUUCAAAAUGUACACUUUUUAAACUGUUAUAUAAUUUUAUCCAGCAGGAUAAAAUUCACUUUUAUGAGCAGAAUAAUCCUUUUGGUUGAAUUCUUACAGGAUUUGUAGGAUAAGGAUUUUCUUUUGGAAUCCUAAUGAACUUUUUGACUCAGCUUUUAUAUUUUUGUUUCAAAUUUCAGAGAAAUAUUUAGACUGGGAAGAGAGACUGAACUGUGAAACAGCCUCAGGAUUUGAACUGGAGAUCCUCGUGGCUGUUCUUCAUUUUCUGACCCGGGUUUGAUCCUCAGCUCAGAGCUCAGCUCAAUCUGAGGGAAUGAUGGAGAUGAGAAAUGUCUGCGUGAGGAUCAGAGCGCUGAUUAAAGCUUCGAGCUGGAGCUGAACCGAAGGAGUGAGAUGGAGCUUUCAGGAACGGGUGCUUUUGAUUUCUGACAUAAGAAAAAGGAUUCAUUUUAUCCUGUUUCUCCUGUUUUCAUCUGACAUUAUAACAGUUUGUUCAGUUCUCAGUCUGACCUGAGAGCUUUUUCCUGUCAGAGCAGCCAUGAAAAGAAAGAUUGAGGAUGUAAAGAACACGUUCUCCAUCAUCUCAGGACGUUUGUGACCUUCAGCCCAAGUCUGAAGGAGACGUUUUGGUCUCAAGCUUCACACAUUCGUCGAUCACGUCCUGUUAUUUUCUCCUGUUUGCAAAAUUUUUAUUUAAAAUUUUGUGAAAGUGAUGCAGAAGUUUGAGAUUCUGUAAGGUUUAGUUUUGAUGUUUGAUACAGACUAAAUCUUAAAUGUGGUUUUGCUGCAGCAGCAGGUUCAGAACUCAUGCUGAUAUUUUUUUAUUGUUUGCAUAUGAUAAUGGGAUGGUGUGUGAAAUUAAAUCGAUGCAGUGGCUUCUAACCAUCUGAACCCCGCGUUUAUCCAAAGAUAGAAAUAUUUUUUUUUAGAGAAAUAUUCAUUUUGAUGUAGCGAGAUGUUUAAAUAAAGUUGUUACAGGAGU